GCGGCAGGCUAGGGCAUUGUUAGCGUUGCCCCGCUCAGGGUGAGCCAUUCAAAACAUGGAGAACCUUAUGUCUUAUUAUGAGAACAGUUAUGAGUAUUAUGACAUGAAUCUGAGUAACUUUACUAGUGUAGUAGAUGACCCUCUCUCAGGAUUUGCAGAAGACCCACUGACAGAAUUGAAAAUAUUCAUGUACAGUGUCGUCUUCCUUGUUGGGACAGCGGGGAACACAUUAGUCAUCUACAUCAUGCUGAAAAAGAGUGAGAAGAGGAGGCUGAUUGAUAUUUUUAUGACACACCUCGCGGUGGCAGACUCGGUGUUUCUCAUUACCCUGCCUCUGUGGAUCUGGUCCUUCUCCGUGGGAGGCCGCUGGCCAUUUGGCGACUUCCUGUGCAAGUUCACCUCCUACGUGAUCGCCGUCAACAUGUUCUCCAGCAUCUUCUUCCUCACCUGCAUGAGCGUGGACAGGUUCAUGGCCGUGGUGCUGGUUCUGGACACCAGGACGGUGCGGACCAAGAACUACGCCCACCUGACCUCGCUGGCGCUCUGGGUGGCGUCGUUGGGGCUCGGCGUUCCCAGGUUCGUCACCAGGGCCACCGAUGACGAGCAGCAGUGCACCUCGGACGCCUCCCCCUCCGGGACCUCCUUCAGCCUGGCUGUCCGGGUGAUGGGCUUCCUGCUGCCGUUGGCUGUCAUCGCCUUCUGCUACUCCGCCGUGGCGGUCAAGCUGUGGCGCCACUUCCAGAGGACGGGCGGCGCCGACAGGAAGGCGCAGCGCUCGGUGCGGGUCGGGCUGUGGAUCCUGGCCCUCUUCGUGGUCGCCUGGCUGCCGUUCAACGCCCUGGUGACCGUGCACACGCUGCAGAAGUCGGGCCACCUGUCCAUGUCCGUGCAGGCCCAGGUCAAGCUGGCCAGCGCGCUCUCCUUCGCCACCUGCCUGGCCUUCAGCCACAGCUGCGUCAACCCCCUCGUCUACUUCGCCCUGGACAAGUACGUGCAAAGGCGGGCGCUGAGGCUGCUGCCGGAACCCCUCCGGAUGAGGUACACCAUCAGGAGGAGCAGCGUCAGCACCUCCAUCACCCACCCCGACAGGGACUCCGCCGCUCCCCAAAGCGACGGGAGGCAUCCCACCAAUGGGGUAAUCUAAAGCAAAGGAAACUCAAAGGAGGUAGCCGUGGGAAUGGCAAACCAUUAAGCGUAACAAAAUGUAAUCGCUUACGAACAUGAAAAAAAAAUGGUGGCUGAACCGCCGUGCGACACUUUCCAAAUGACAGGACCCUCCACACAACUAAAGAAAACGGGAGAGUCGAUCAAGAUCGUGCCGCCCGCUGAGUGGGCUGAGAGAAUGUGAGGAACCAUCACACGGGUCACAGUUUUCCCACACCCACGCCAGGUCAGCACCCCUGCUCGACGCCUUUAGCGUGGCCGGGACCGGACUUCCCCCUGGCACCAUCAUGUGCAGCAUGGGUACAACCUGCUAAUAACCAGUAACCGAAAACGAAACGCUGAGUGUUCAGUCAACCGAAUAGCGCUUCUAAAAUGUCUAAAACCAGCUGAAACUAAUUAAGAGACACAAAUUAACAAAAGUGGAGAUCAAAACAAAAUACAGAAAAGGAGAAAUGUCUUUCAGUGUGUUUCACGUGGGAACUAUUUUGAUUUUAAUUAGAACUAGGAAAAACGUUUCUGUUAACAUAUCAAUGUCAGUUCAAGUUUUAAAUUUAUUAUUGUCAUACGCAACAUUAUAUUAUAACAUUAUA